AUGCGCCUUCUCUUCAUAGUCGCAUGUCUGGAAUUAGUAGCAGCGUUACCAUUUCUUGGGAAAAAGACGAAAUAUGAUGAGCUGACAGCCCGAAAAUUACUAAACAUGGCCGCUGGUGCCUAUGGAACGGAACAAGCGGCAUUGGUAGCCAGUGCGUUCACGAUAUCACAACCACAGUUUUCUCUGAUAGAUUUACGACUUGCAGAAGUAAAUUUUCAGGGCCAACUUCUGCUAGAAGGUCUCAAGUCUAUUCGUCCUGGUGCAAACUUUUUCGACAUGGGAGGAGUAAACGAAUAUUUUUUGAAUGGCCAUCUUGUGUUAUGGCCGUCAGUCGAAGAAGUGCUUAAGGACCCAAAAUAUGCUGGCUACAAAACCGUUUUCACUGGCCACUCACUUGGAGGUGCACUGGCAGCGUUGGCAGCUGCUCGUACCGCUAAACAAGGUUUUAGGACCGGCGAUCAGAUCACGAUGUACACGUAUGGUGAACCUCGUGUCGGAGAUGCUCAAUUUGCAACAAAUUUCGAUGCAAUGAUCAAGGACAGUUAUCGAGUGGUGUUUCGGCGAGACAUCGUUCCUCAUCUGCCAGCCUGUGCCAAAGACAAGAGUUGGUUCGGUGACAGUGACACCAGCCGUCCUUGUGAUAUCAACGUUAUAAACAAGCCCUAUCACCAUAGCACGGAGAUUUGGUAUCCGGAUUCUAUGGAACCUGGCGCACACUACAUUGAAUGUACCGGAGAGCCACGUGGAGAGGAUUUCACCUGCUCGGAUAAACUAAAGUUUUACUACGAUCAAUCCAACAGUUACAUAUGGGACCAUCGGCACUAUUUCACUGUUCGGGUACCGGAAUAUGGAAAAACAGGUUGCGAUGCUGCUCAGCCAGAAGGAAAGCCGGGCCUCAUCGAGAACGUUGUAAAUAGAAUUAAUCUUUUAACGAGAACUAUUGGUUUAGAAUGA